AUGACAGACACCGCUCCUGCACAACAUACUUUCAAGCGGAACGGUCAUAUCAAUUACUUCCUGAGAUGCUUGAAAGCUCUACCCACCGCAGCACAAAGCAGCGAUUCCAACAGAAUAACAGCUGCUUUCUUCUGCAUUUCAGCACUUGAUCUGCUUGGUGCAUUGUAUGAUAAAACAAGUGAAGAGCAGAGAACGGGUUGGAUAGACUGGAUAUGGUCUUUGCAAGCCCCUAUUGGUGGCUUUAGAGGGUCAACAUACAUGACAACAAAUAACGAUAGAACAUCUCCUGCACAUUUACCUUCGACAUAUACGGCUCUUCUCACUUUGGCGAUCUUGCGCGCACCUCUGGAUCAACUCAAUAUACCUGGUUUGAUCUCAUUCCUGAAAUCUUGUCAAGCCGAAGAUGGAUCGUUUUCUCCUAUACCAGGAGAUAAUGUUUAUCCCAAUGAGGGAUUCCAAAGUGACGUUCGAAUGGUCUACUGUGCAAGUGUGAUAUCUGAUAUCAUAGCUGAUGUCUCUGGUAUCAACAUGGAUCGAUCAAAGGUAUUUGUGCAUAGCUGCAAGACAUGGGAAGGAGCAUAUGCAUCAAGACCUGGACUUAUAGAGGCUCAAGGGGGCACAACGUACUGUUCUAUAGCAACAUUGUCUGUUUUGGAGAAAUCAAAAUCAUUUAUAGGGGUCAAAGAGACACUACGUUGGUUGAUCUCACGUCAAAUUGGAGGAUUCCAAGGUAGACCAGGUAAAUUACAAGAUGUUUGUUAUUCAUUUUGGUGCGGUGGUGCUAUCUCAAUACUGGGUUAUACCAAUCUGAUUGAUCGAGAUGCCGACAAAUCGUUCUUGCUAUCAGCACAAUUCCCAUUAGGUGGAUUUGGCAAAGAACCUGAGGACUAUCCAGAUCCUUUUCACUCGUAUCUCGCUCUCGCAGCUCUUUCUUUAAACCAUUCGAAUUCUAAAGAGGCAGGAUUAGGAUUGAAGGAUCUCAACGUCAUGUGGAAUGUUAGCGAAGACUCUGCGCGGUGGUUGAAACAGGAAAUCAAUCGCAUCAAGCGGAGUCAGUAG